UUACCCUACUUUUCUGAUUUAUUGUUUUUUCUAUCUUAAUUCCAAAUCUACACGUAAAAUUAGAAAUGUGUGCUGCAAAAUUACUAAAAUUGAUUAUUUUUACACCACUGGAUUGGGUAAUUAAGAGGAGAGAUUGCCUCGAGUUUGUUUUUUCUUCGUAUUUGAGAAAUGGGUAACAGCUUCAGUAAUUGGUGUAUGGUAUAAACAUCGACUUAGUGACUCACAGUUUCAUUUAAAUUAAUUACGAGACACAGUUUAAUUAAAUUUCAAGCAAAUUUCAUUAAACCGUUACUCUAAUUUAGUUACAACACAAAUUUUUAGUAAAUCAAAAUUUUUGUUAAUUUAAUGUUAUGAAAAUGUGUAAAUUUCCUCGAAAGAGAGAAAAUUGAUUUUGAUUCAAUUGUGGCUUUCUGGACCAGGUGUUGCAAAGGUUAUUCCCUUUAAAUUAAAAUACAAGGAAAGGGCAUGCGCUAUCUUGUCUCAUUCCAGACGAUGCAGUCGGUUUUUCCGCAACACAUCUUAUCAUUUCCUUUUCCGUGACAAUUUGAAUUUGAAUGUUAACACAAAGUAGUUGAUUGAAAUGUGAAAAAUCAAUGGACUACCAACAUAGGAGACUGAAUUUGAAUAUUUUUUCUAUCAUGGAACUAUCGCAUAGUUUAACACUUAAUGAAGAAGCUUUGGCACAAAUACCACCAGCGAAAAGACCUGUUUUUAUAUUCGAAUGGCUUCGAUUUUUAGACAAAGUUUUAGUCGCCGCACAAAAGAACGACAUCAAAGGAUGUCAGAAGAAAUUAGUAGAACAACUAAUGAAUCACAUUCAAGAAUCUCCCGGUCCUCCGACACGUAAAUUAAUAGCCCGUUCUCUCGCCACCCUCUUUUCAGUCGGAGACACUUUUUUACUUUUCGACACGGUGAACAAAUGCAACGAUAUUUUGAAAAACAAAGACGACUCUCCUAGUUUUCUCCCGACGCGAUUAGCUGCAAUUUGUUGCGUCGGGACAAUGUACGAAAAACUCGGCCGAAUGAUGGGUCGUUCCUACGAGGAGACCGUGCAAAUUUUAACUCGCUCUCUCCGAAGCGCCGAGUCUCAAACUCGAAUCGAAAUCAUGUUGACGCUCGAAAAAGUGUGUGCCGGGAUGGGAAACGCAAUAUCCAAUGUACAUAAAGACAUUUAUAAAGCAGCGAGACAUUGCUUGAUUGAUCGGGUGAUGGCGGUGAGAUGUGCCGCCACCAGGUGUCUUCUUGAAAUGUUAAAUCAUGCACCAUUUCUCUACACCAGCGAAUUGGAAAGUUUAGCCACUUUGUGUUUUCGGGCUUUUGAUGGCUCCAAUUACGAAGUCAGAUGCGCGGUUGCUAAAUUGUUAGGAGCGCUUAUCGCUAUGACUCAGAAUCAGAAACCGGAAAAGACACCGCAUCUCAAAGGAUUGAAACUGGUGUCGUUGGAUGAAGCUUUGGGGAUUUUAAUGGCGGGAUUUUUGCGUGGAGGUGUUGGUUUUUUGAAAGGUACAGGAGAAAUAAUUAAGGGUAGUUCAAGUGUUAAUCGAGAAGUUCGAGUCGGAGUAACACACGCAUAUGUGAUUUUUGUACAAAUUUUGGGUAGUGUUUGGCUUGAACGUAACAUAAAAGCUUUCCUUUCGCACAUAUUAUAUUUGGUAGCGAAUCCGAAAGCGGCGUCUUCACAUGUCGAUGCUGUCUAUUCCCGGAAAUGUAUAAAUUUUAUUUUGAGAAGUGUGUUGGGGAAAAUGUUGGGAGAAAAAGCACAAACUUCAGCGUGUAAAGAAAUCGCACAGAUCAUUGUUAAAGAAAUGAACUCGAUCGAUUUUAAUCCCGAGAAUGCAAAAGAUUUCAAUCAGGAAACGCUUUUCAGUCAACAUUUACUAGUGUGUGCCUUGCAAGAAAUCGGGUGUUUGGUUUUAAGUUUAGGAACGACUGCACACGACUUGAUUACUGAUCCGACUCUGAAUUUAAUUGAUGCUACUGCUAGUGUUUUGAUCCAUCCGUGUCAAGCAGCCCGACUUGCAGCUGCUUGGUGCUUGCGGUGUAUUUGCGUGGCUGUUCCUAGUCAAAUUACCCCUCUGAUAGAUCGAUGUGUGAAUGGAAUCGAAGAAUAUAGGACUUCGCCGGAAGCUAUAGCCGGCUAUAGUGGAGCCUUAGCUGCUGUACUUGGUGGUGUCAAUUUGUCACCGCUUGGAGUCCCACACACCAAAGGCAAAGUCAUUUUUAAUACAGCAGAAGAAUUACUAAGGAGUGCGAGUCAAAAUAGCCGACUGUCGCUAAACCGGACUCAAGCCGGAUGGCUACUUAUCGGUGCUAUAAUGACACUAGGAGUACCAGUAGUCAGGGGAUUACUCCCUCGCAUGUUACUUCUCUGGAGAAACUCAUUUCCGAGAUCAACUAAAGAACUAGAUUCGGAAAAAGCUCGUGGUGAUGCUUUCACAUGGCAAGUCACUCUCGAAGGCCGAGCUGGGGCCUUAUCUGCCAUGCACAGUUUUCUGCAACACUGUCACGAGUUAGUCACUGAUGAUAUUAAUAGGAGGUUGUUAGCACCCAUCGAAUCUGCUUUAGCAAUGCUAUCAAACAUAUCGAGUAUUUUGAAAAGUUACGGACAACAGUUGAAGGCACCAGCGGCCAUGGUUCGGUUACGCCUUUACGAAACCCUUAUUUUGCUUCCACCACAAUCUUUUGAAAGUUCUUAUACUCAUCUGUUGCGAAUGUUGGUCGCGGAAUUUACUUUGACUGAAAAUCCGGCAAAUACUACAACGUCUCAAAUGAGAACUGUAUGUCAUGCUGAUGAUUCUGUAAUACUAGGAACUUGGUUGCAAGAAACUGAUCAUAGGACAAUUGAAGAUCAAAUGGAGCCUAACCGAAGGGCAGAUGGUGAACAUUUACAGCCGAAUAGUGCGGCCGGUUCUGGAGCCCUAGAGCACGACCCUUGCUGUCUAUACCGCCAAAUUUCAACAGUAAGUCACAAACAUUGUAACUUGGCAUAUAUGUUUUUGUUUGUUUUAUUUUCUCAGAGCGAAAUCAUCCCUGGUCCACUUCCUCUAGGAGUCGCAGUAAUCGACAUGUCAGUGCUUCUCUUCGGCCAAAUCUUCCCCCGCGUGGCCAACAAACACCGCUUGCAAAUGGUCGAUCAUUUCGCCGAAUGCAUUAAACACGCCAAAAGUUCGCGCCAAGAAGCGGUGCAAAUGAACGUAUUUACAGCGCUUUUGAGCGGUUUGAAAGGCUUAACCGAGGCCAAAAUGAGUAUAGGUCAAGAAGAUGUCAAAAAGGCCGUUACGGGACUAAUCAUAGGGGCUCUAACAUCGCCUAAUCCAAUUCUCCGAUGUGCCGCAGGCGAAGCUGUAGGACGUAUGGCGCAAGUUGUAUCCGAUCCAAAGUUCACCGCUGAAUUAGCUCAGACAAGCUUUGAUAGGCUCAAAUCAGCACGUGACGUAGCAAGUCGGACUGGUCAUUCGUUAGCUCUCGGUUGUUUGCAUCGGUAUGUCGGAGGUAUGGGUUCAAGUCAACACCUGAAUACCAGUGUUUCGAUAUUGUUGGCUCUUGCGCAAGAUCAGACGUCACCAGUGGUACAAGUGUGGUCUCUACAUGCGUUAGCACUAAUCGCGGAUUCGGGGGGUCCGAUGUUCCGAGGAUACGUCGAACCGAGUCUUUCACUAGCUUUGAAACUUCUACUAAAUGUGCCACAGUCAUAUAUUGACGUUCAUCAGUGUAUUGGAAAAGUCUUGUCGGCUUUAAUCACUACAAUCGGGCCUGAAUUACAAGGCAAUACGUCCAGUAUCUGUAUGGCAAGGAGUUCAUUCUUGUGUGCAUGUGCGAUUAUGCAAGACCACCAAGAUCCUCUAGUGCAAGCGGAAGCUACAGGAUGUCUCCAACAGUUACAUUUAUUUGCACCAAGACAUGUUAAUUUGUCUUCACUGGUCCCCACACUUUGCAGGACUUUAUCUAGUAAUCAUCUUUUGUUACGCAAAGCUGCUAUUUCUUGUCUUAGACAAUUAGCACAAAGGGAAGCUAAAGAAGUAUGUGAACAUGCAAUGACUUUAGCCAAUGAAAGUCGUGAUAAUAACACGGUGGAAGGUUUAGUUAUAACAGAGACGGGUCUUCCUGGCGUUUUCUUCAGUAUGCUUGACACUGAGACCGAUGCUGCUCUAAUCAAAGAUAUCCAUGAUACGUUAAUUAGCAUGUUACAAAUGCUUGCAGCUGAUAACUUAUCCCAAUGGUUAGGUUUAUGUAAAGAUGUCCUUACAAUAGCAACUGACAGUACAAACAUGGAGGACCAACAAAGCGUUUCAGCAACCGACGGGGAUGAGAACGACGAACCUGAAGCCGAUGAUGACCAAGCUGAAUUCCACGCCGAAGACGACUCUUCAACCCAUCCCGCUGUACAGCCAAGAUGGCCGACUCGUGUUUUCGCAGCCGAGUGCGUUCGCAAAAUAAUCACAGCUUGCGAAAGCAGUUCGAACAAAUCGAUUCAUUUCGACUUGAUUCAAGCGAAAGAAAUGGGCAAAAGCGAUUUCCUCGUCUUGCAUUUAUCCGAAUUGAUCCGCAUGGCGUUCAUCGCCGCGACGAGUGAUUCAGAUCCGUUGCGUCUCGAAGGUUUGAAAACUCUUCAAGACAUAAUCGAGAAGUUUUCGAAAGUUCCAGAACCGGAAUUCCCCGGUCACUUGUUACUUGAACAAUUCCAAGCGCAAGUCGGUGCAGCCUUAAGACCGGCUUUCGCUCCUGAUACUUCGUCUCAUGUCACAGCAGCCGCUUGUGAAGUUUGCUCGACUUGGAUUGGCUCGAACGUUGCACGAGAUUUAAAUGAUUUACGUAGAGUGCACCAAUUGUUAGUCUCCUCCUUAACUAAGUUACAAAAUAAGACGAAUACAACGCAACUGUACAACGAGAGUUUAGCAACUUUAGAGAAAUUGGCGAUUUUGAAGGCUUGGGCUGAGGUUUAUAUAGUUGCAAUGAAGGGGAACGAAAGUGCGAAUCUUGAGUUAAUAACACCGGUGAAUGCAAACGAUGACGAGUUUGGCGACUUUGAAUAUAAGGGAGAGAAUUUAUUGACGUUGGUGCAACCCGAGUUAGUUAGUUUGUCACAACAUUGGUUGGCAGCGCUAAAAGAUCAUGCAUUAUUGUCACUACCGGCCGAAUUCGCCAGUCAAUUGCCACACGAUGGAGGCGCUUUUUAUACAAAUGAUACAAUGGAAUCAUCAAGGCCACAUUACAUGUCUUCAUGGCCGCCUAUCCUACAUGCAGCAGCUUUGUGGCUCAAUUCCGGUGGUUUUGAUAAACUCACAGAAAUAGACAACGAUAAUACAAAUAAUAAUACAGUUGAUAGUUCCAGUGAUAAAUUUCAUCUCUUGUUUGGUAUAUGCAUGGAGGCUUUGUGUAGUCCCAGAUCGAUAGAACCCUUAGAAAGUAUAAUUACAUGUCUCAAAGCAUUAUAUACUUUGCUUGACUCCACUUAUGCAAGAGAGUUGAUUCUAGUGGAUAAUUCUCUCGGAAUUGAGUUAUGUAACGUCUUACAUCGUCUCAUUCUUACAAGAGAUAACCACACUUGUCAACUUUUAUGUAUGGAAGUCCUCAAACAAGUUAUCAAAGCGGCACAAGAAAAACUCGACCGAGAAAAGAAAAAUAAAUUGAACGAACAAGACACUACAACUGAUAUAGAUUUGUUGGGUGAGGGUGGUGAGUGUGGUGAUAUAUUGCCGGGGAAAUCCCUAGUUUUCUCAGUUUUGGAAGUGUGUUUAUGUCUUCUAGUCCGGCAAUUGCCUUCGCUAAGUCCCUCGCCUAACUCUACAAUUGUGAAUUCUCUAAGAAUCAUGCAAACACCGGACGAGUCCGGUCGAUUAAUAGCAUCGUCUUUAGCUUGUAUGGAAAACCUACACAAGUUAUGUUCGCCGCAAGGGGCACUUUCCAUACUCCCAACGGUCUUAUAUUUAACAACAGGCGUAAUAAAAGAAAUGGCAACUAAAAAUAUCAACGACGUGACUGUACUAGCCAACAAUGCUUCAGUCCAAGCCGCCCUCCACUGUCUCAAAAUCCUAACAACAGACAGAUAUUGCAAUGACCCUCGAAGCUGUGAUACCUGGCAAAAGCUUCUCCAAAGCGCUCUCGCAAAAAUCAUCGAUCUUGCAAAAACCGGCAGCGACGAAAAUAAACUAGACGAAGUCACCAUGAUGUUAGCUAUAGCCGUUUUUGUUCUUCAUGCGCCAUCUAAAGUCGUGACGGCGCCUAAUUUGCAAUAUCCAUGUAUAAAUCAUUUCCGACAAUGUCUCCAAAGUUCGAAUUCUACAGUAAGGUUGAAAUGUGUCCAAACUUUGAAAUCUUUGUUUGCUCAUCCGGAUCGAAAAGUCGCAACUCCUUACAUUCACACACUCGCGCCAAGACUCGUCGAGUUUUUAUAUUCGGAUGUCGCGAGGAAUAUAUUUUCUGAUGGGGAACUUUUUGUUACCUUGGAAACCAUCGUAACAGUUGAGUCACUCAUCGAAUUGGCGGAACCACAAAAUCGAGAUAUAAUGCAAGGAAUUCAAAUGCUCACACUUCUGGUUCCGAUCUUGAUAAGUUAUUUAUUAGAAGGUCAAGCACUUAGGUCGGCAAAUAAAUACUCAUUAAAUUUACACGAAAUCAGUUUGCAAAGACUAAUGAAAAUCGGACCAAAAUAUCCACAGGAAUUCAAAAAAUUGAUGAGUCAGACUAGUGAACUUAGGACGAAAUUAGAAAAUGCGAUUAGAUCAAAACAACAAAAUCACAUAAAAAUCAAGAAUGGGGUCAAUGCUAAUAAACCAGUAACAAGUCAUCAUCCUUCAAUUAAACUGAAAACCGACUUUAGUAAUUUUUCUUAAAUUUUGUGAUGAGUUCUAGUAAUUACUUAAUUAACCUGGAGGUCCUCCGAUUAUUUGCUUUUUAUAAUUCCUUUUAUAUUUAUUUGAAUAUUUAUUAAUAAUGAUAAUAAAUGUUUAGAUCAUUAUAGAUAUCCUUAAGUGUUCUAUUUAUCCUAGAUGUUGCAAUUAUGAAUGACUGAAAAUUGUGUAGUUGCAGAGACCAAUUAUUAUUUGUAAAAAUUUCUAUACAAUCUGAUUUCUAUCAUUUAGACUAUCAUAAACACUGUAGGAUAGUGAAUAAAUGUACUGAAACGGUAA